UUAGCAAUACUCUACUAUGAUUAUGUGCUGACGCUGCCAAGAGAGAUUGAGCAUUUCUGGAAAAGAGCCAAAUUUUCGCUAGCAGCGUCUCUCUUUGUACUCAAUCGCUACCUCGGCCUCUUCGGGACUGUGCUAGUCGUGAUAGAAUAUUUCCUGAAUCUGGCGCCGCAUCUACAGACGUAUCACGCAUAUUAUACAGUAAUAAGCCAAGUUGUCAUCGGAAUGCUAUUGAUGAUUCGCACCUAUGCGCUUUACAAUCGGAGUAGACGGCUAGUGAUCGGCUUCGUCAUCCUGGGUGUAGUAUUGUUUUCAGUGGUUCUACCAAUGCUGAGUCGUGGCAAAACCCACCAGAUUGUAACAGGGACUGCUGUGGGCUGGAUAGCGAUGAUCUGCGUUGAUACAACGAUCUUCAUCCUCACCAUGCUCAAAGCUAUCAGGAUGGCACCGUUUCUGCACCAUCGGGUCUUCGCCGUCUUGUUCCGAGACGGU